AUGGGGACAGCGUUAGACGCACUGUCAGCCCCGCCGUUGAACAUUCGUCGUCCGGCGGCACCCACAUUACCCAGCUUUGAGCUCCCACCACCGCCGUUCACGUUGGGUACGGCCGCGGCUGCACCCAAGUAUGCCGGACACUCCACCCACCCCCCAGUCUCCCACGCACCAGUGAAUGUGAGCGUGGGGAACCUCCUAACGCCACCCGCCACAAUUCAAACAGGGGAGCACGCCACACCCCAACCCUUGGCCCCAUCAACUGGCGCGUCCUCCGAGCUUCCGCCGGCAUAUUGGUCAGGAGCCAAUCCAUACGGACAGUCCUGGGGGUCCGGGGUAAACCCAUAUUCAGCUCGAAGUUCCUUUUCGCCAUCCGGCAUGCAGCGCUCAUCCGUAAUAUCACCGCCGACGACGGAUGGGUUGCCGCAUCCAUAUGAAGGUCCGACAUUAUCUUACCAAGCUUUACCCGCCCCGUCUACCAUGCCUCCCUCCGCGUCCCAACCUGCUAUGGCCAUGUACCACGGUGGACCCGCUACAUCCCCCGCCCCACUGCCAUCCAAUGAUCCAUAUGCACCCAAACACCAGCACAUGUAUGCCGCUUCUCCUCCCAUGCACAGUCCCCACCAGGCCGGCUUUUCUUCCAUGUAUGGCCCCGCAGGGCUUGGCAUCCACCCUGCAGGGAGAAUGCCUGUUCACAGUCCAUCAGCAGGACAGCCCCCGUUGGGAUAUCCCCGCCAACCAUGGCCCUCAUAUUCUCUCCCGGCGAUGAACGGUCCCGUCAUGACCAACGUACACAGCCCCGGUGGGCCCAUGUCGAUGAUGGGUGGGUUGCAACCCGGGCUUCUACCAGGAUUCAACAGUGGACAUGUCGCCAGCUCUCAACAUUUAUAUGGUGGCCAUGCGCCACCGCACGGCAUGUCCGCCCCCGCGGCGGACCGACCUUUCAAAUGCGACCAGUGCCCCCAGAGUUUCAACCGCAAUCAUGACCUCAAACGCCAUAAGCGCAUUCAUUUAGCCGUGAAGCCUUUCCCCUGCUCGCACUGUGACAAGAGCUUCUCGCGCAAGGAUGCUCUCAAGCGACAUAUCCUUGUGAAAGGCUGUGGAAAAGACGGCGACUCGGACGCGAAUAGCAACCAAACUGGGGCCGAUAUCAAGGGUGAAGGGCGGAGUGAGGACGGCAGCCCCCUUCUCAAUGGACGAGUUUGA